CAGUUUGAAGAGUUCGCGUGUUUUUUUUAUACAGCUGAGAUUUUCUGUGUGUCAAGGCUUCAUUAAUAAAGAUUUUUGUUUUAUUUGUUACGACCUGUUUGGUUUAUUGUUAAACGGUCAUCUCGAUCGUUUAAAACAUGGUUAUUUAUAAUAUCUAUAGUAUCAGAUUAUCUGUAUUUUCACCAGCUCUCUCUCACUGAUACCACUGAAUUUAAGGCAUGUUCGUCUAGAAUAUUGUUCAAGUUCAUCAAUUUUAUUUUCUAAAUGGUCGAGGCGACUAACUAAAUCUUGAGUUAGUUUUGGUUGGAUUAAGUGAACAAUAUGGCUCAUUAUGACUUCGCGUUUAAAUAAUUCACCAAUAAAUGACUGUCACGACCCAUCAUCUUUUAGAACAUUAUCUAGAAAAUCGUUUAUACUGUUGGAAUCAUUUGGAUUUGAAUUUGAAGCCAUCUCCCUUCUUGAUCGUUUUGGUUGUCUUGAUUUCGUCAUUAGUAUUUUAUAUACAACUUAUACACCAGUCUAGCCUUGUAAAAAUAAGCUGAGUGAACUCGCGUGAACUGUUUUCCCAGAUACAUGUAUUAUACAGACGAUUUUAUAAGUCAACGAAAAGUCUCCCUUUUUGCAUAGGUUUGUCACAGUUAACACAUUAAAAAUUAAUUUAGUACAUACUCAAUUUACUCAGGAAGUUUUGAUAAAUCAUCUGAAAUAUAACUCUAUUUAAACGGAAGGAGAUUGACUCAACACGUCCACCUCAGUCGGCCAUUGUUGUUAGAAGUAUAAUGCGUCAGCUAUUAGGGCGGGACAAUUUCCAUUUUUGUGUAAUUGUUUCGUAUAGGCACCGUUUUACGUCAAUACUAUUCUAGUUAAUUGUAUUAAUCCGUACAGUGUUUUUUUGUUAAAAUUAAUAGGAUAUAGACCCACACUAUAAGUAUUUUUUCAAAAACAAAAUCUAAUAUAGGCCUAUAAUAUAAGUAAUUUUUUUUAAAAAAGAAAAAAAGAUAUAAGCCUAUGCAAUGAAAGGUGUUAAUUAAACAAUAUACAGACCCCAUAAUUAAAGAAAGAUAAUAUAAGACCCACAAAAACUAACUUAUAUAUCUUUGAACUUUUCUAAAAUUACUAGAAAUUGGACGCAAACAUAGGCAUGUGAAUAGCCUUUUUUAAAAAAAAAAAAAAAAAUGAAAGAGCCUAAAAUUACAGAUUAUACUGACCACAAGACGAAAGAAGAAAAAAAAUAACUGAAUAACACAUCUUGAGGGGUUUUUUCCUCUAAAAUUAACUGUAAAAUUACUGAAAAGUAAAAGAAGAAAAUGGUGUGAGGCCUAUAUAUUUUUAAAAAAUAAAUUUGGACUGUUUUGAAUUUAAUGAACACUGAAAUGAUGAAUUUUAAAUUGUAAAGAAGAAUAUUUGAUACAGGCUUGUAAAAUAUAGUUAAAUAAUACAAUCUUAUAUUUUAAAAAAGACAAAUUUGUGCUAUUUUCUCUGAAAUUAAAACUGAAAACACAGAAUUGAAAAGGAGAAACUAGGUUAUAAAAAAAUGAUAUCAGUAGUAUUUUUAAAGAAUAUGAUCUCGGCCUAUAACAGUAGUUUUUUUAAAGACGAAAAUAUGAUAUAGGCCCGUGCAGUGAAAGGUUUUUAUUGAAAUAGUAUGCAGAUUCCAUAUUACAGACUACUAAGAAAAUAUUCGAUCCCACCCCCCAAAUAAAUUAACUUCUAUAUCUUUAAACUUUUCUAAACUUACUAGCAAAAAUACAACUUGGCAUUUAAUGCAAAUCUUUAUAUAUAUAUAUACGUAGACUCUAGUAUUACAGACUAUGAAGAUCAUAUUAUAUAAGACCACAUAAAAUAACUGUUCUAUGUAUCUUGACCCUUUUGUCUCUAAAAUACUAAAUAGUAAAAAAAAAAAAAAAAAAGAAAAAGAAAAUGGGAUUUUUAUAUAAAGGUCCUAAAAGUUAAAAAAAAAAAAAAAAAGGAGAAUAUAGGUCUAGAUGAAUGUAUGUAGAAAAGGGCUUUGAAAUUACAUAUUAGGAUUAAAAAGAACGCACAAAAAAAUUAUCUGAACAGUAUUUAAAUUUGAAUAUUGUAAUGCGCCAUUGCAAAGACAAAUUGGUUGUGAAAAUACUGCUUAUACUUUUAUUAUUAUAUCAUGGACUCUAUAUUAGAUUUUAUGUAUUUUCUUUUACCAAAGGGCGUGAUACAGUUUGUUAUUCAUAAAGAUUUAAAGUAAAUAGUACAACAUUCUGAAUACAACUGACUGAUUUCCAAAUAUUUUUAAAAUCCAUAGUCAAAACUAUAUUAAAUAAACAAGGGGUGACAUCUUACAAUUCCUUUGCCAUCAUAUGAUUUUAUUUUUUCCACGCAAUAGCAACAACAUUUUGUUAUUUCAGAAUUCAUAUUAUAGCUUCUCUGCCACAAAAAUUGAAAAUAAUCGAUUAACAUUUUUUAUCCUGAAAUGAAUAUCUGCUGUUAGUGUAUAUAAGUAAUAACGGCAUAGGAAUAUUUAAUAUCAAGGGGAAAAAAUAACACAAAUAAUAAUGGUAAGAUGUAAAAUUGAGACACACGGAAAAAUGUCACAAGUAAAAAGAAAAUAAUUUAUUAAAAUUAAAUAACAAAUGAAAAAAAUGUUUACAUUGUUUUGAUUAAGAAUUAUAUCAUUCAUUACAAUAGCCGAGGGGUCCUAUUCCAUAAAUGAAUGUAUUACUAAUAACACUGGUGUAAAGAGGCUAAUUUUGACCUUUUAUUAAUCAUUGUGUGAGAAAUCGUCCUCGAUAAGUCGCUGAAUAGUUGUCAAUAUUAAGUAUUCUGCUGUAGUGUUACAACAAAACAUCAUAUAAAGUUGUCAGUCAGUGUCCUGUUUGUAUGGGUGUAUUAAUAACAAGUAAUGACUCAUAUUAUAUCAUCCAAUCCGCUAACGGUCGAGGAAACGGGGGAAUUACCCUAUACAUGUACUACGGAACAGCUUAAUGCAGCCAUGUUAUAAUCUCGCCGAAUGGUUCUCCAACACUUGCACAAUCGCCCUCGACUUCUCGCGGCGAGAGGUCAAGAUUAUGAUAUUCGAUAUCUUCAGUUAUUAAACUUACCGUUAUAUACUGGUUAAAACAAAUGAAAAGAAAUCAAAUGGGGUUUAAUGUCUUGCUAAAGAAACGUGUAUUCUCUUGGAAAAAUUUAACGCUUUAAACGUGUUCAUCAAAAUGACACAAUUUUUAUUGAAUAAAAUAUUAUUUAUGAACUUUGAUUUUAUUAAGUUUGGAGUUAGAUUCAUAUUAUUUUAGUAGAUUUUAUCUAAAAUGCUUAAAAUCAUUUUGUAAAACUCACCUAUACGGUGGCUGAUAAGGGAUAGGAAAAAUAAUUUUCAAUUUUGUUAAAGUUUGCUUUUUGUUAUUUUAAUUUUAAUUUUUUGAUAUAAUUUCUUUUUCUUAAUUGUCACUCUAGCCAAUUUUAAUAUAAUUUCUUUUCGAUAAUUUUCAUCCCAGUCAAUUUUUAUUUUCACCUAAGUAAUUUUCAAUAUAAAUUUUUUUCUUCUAAUUUUCACCCAAGUUAUUUUUAAUUUAUUCUUGAAUUAUCAUCCGAGAACAUUUGAAUUCCCACCCGAACCAUUUUUCACUUAUUUUAUUUUUUAUAAUAUUCACCCGAGUGGUUUAUAAUUAUCACUCAAGUAAAUUUUAAUAUGAUUUCUAUUCUGUUGAAUUUCCACCCAGCGUACGUGUGAGGUCAUUUUAUCUAGCCUCGCUUGUACGAAAAGUCGCGUUUUUAGCUUGUGAACCGUCUAGAGUUCACAAUUUUUAUCAGAUUUAAAAAUCCGGUUAGUAUAUCACCGAUGCACCUAAAUGAUGGUAAAUUUUAAUAUAAUUUCUAUUCUGUUGAAUUUCCACCCAAAAUCGCAAUUUUUAUUCAAAUUUUUAAAAACCGUUUUAAUAUAUCACCGUUACACCCUAAUGAUGCCCAGGUUCGAAUUUUGGGAAAAUCGGACCGAAAUUGCCAGACAAAAUGACAGCUAUGGUGUAAAAGUAUGGAAUUCCAAAAUUGUGAACACUCUAGAGGUCACAAUUUUUAUCUGAUUUUGAUGAAACAUCCUGGAUUAUGUCUCCAAAUUUUACGGAAAAAAAACACGUUUUUAGCUUGUAUUCGUAAAAGUCGCAAUUUUUGAUCCUAUUUUAAAAAACGUUACACCGUAAUGAUGACUGAGUUCGAAUUCGUGAUAGUUGGAGCGAAACUGCCGGAAAAAACGGCCACUCCUUGUACGCAAAUAGUGUAAAAGUAUGCAAUUCGAAGGCUGUGGACACUAUAGACUCUAGAAGUCGCAUUUGUUAUCCCAUUUUGAUGAAACUUAAAAUAUAUAUUUUUAUAUCUCUCAGACCUUGGUGCUUUUCUAUAUUUUCGCAUAUCAGACGCUACGUUCCUUGAUUAUGGCCCCUGAUUUUACGAAAAAUCUCUGUUUUAGCAUGUAGAUCCUCUAGAGGUCACAAUUUUUAUCCGAUUUCAUAAAACGUUUCAAUAUAUCACCAUUACAUUGGUCCGAAUUUCGUAAAAAUCGGACGAAACUGUCGGAUGGGCGCUCCUCGUACGCAGAUAGUGUAAAAGUAUGUGAUACCAAUGCUAUGCUGUGUUAUCAAUAUGACUAUGCUCUAAUUCUUCCUGGCCAUAGUUACCUCUCCUUACUGAAAACAUUCUGAACGCAAAGUUUUCUGGAAUUUAAUUUGAAGCAUUGAGAACAUAACAGAAAUGUCAUACCCAUCACCUUCCAUUUCAGAGAUACCCCACCAUCUCCCCAGUCCUGCCUGUGAUUUUAAGAAUUCAAUGUCAAGCAUUUUGAUAACCAGGGGACGAGAACUAUCGAUUCUGCCUUUCAUCUCUUGUUAAAUGUUGGAAGAUAUAGCGAAAUGUCUGUUUGCUUUGUACAGUUUCAGAUAACCAGAUAAUCAUGGCGUACUCGCAGGAAGCGACAAGCAAGAAGACAAGUAAACAAGGUCGCAUGGCCAGAGAUGACAUGGCAGAAAUGAAUAUACCACAAAAGGUAGAAUACCAAGAGAGCUCACCCAAUGCUGAGAGGAGAAACGUUAUACCUAGAAGAGAGAAGGGGAAGAUGUUACCUGAAGAUGAACGUAGGAUAAUAUCUAACCAUGUUUAUUUAACCCAGAAUCUGGAUCCUCUACAACCAUUAUUGGACAGUUUAUUUGAAAAAUUUGUACUAAAUGAAGAUGACUUGGAAGUAAUCAACAAAGCGAAAUCUGAGGGUACCAAGGCAAUGAUACGUAAAUUUCUAGAUAUUCUUCGGACUUGUGGUACAAAUGCAUAUUCUAAAUUCAUCCACUGUUUAAAUAAAUUAGAAUAUAGAGCAGUAGCCGAACAAUUAGCAUCAGAUACUGAUGAUACAUAUGAUCACUCACUAAUAGAUGAAGAAAGCAAAGGGCUGACAAUUCCAGUAAAUAGAACAUGUAAAAUCACCAAUUUACCGGAUGCUGUAGCAAUAGAAGGACGUAAAGGGCUUAUAUUUACUGUAACUGGUGAAACAUCCAAUAAUCAACCACUCAAAUUUAAAUCGAGUUGGCAUCCCGAAGAAGCUGAACAAUAUUUCAUUCUCUAUCCUGAACACGAUGAAUUACGUGUACAAGUUACGUCAGAUCCUGUGUUUUCGUGUAAUUGUGUGACUCUAACAGUUACAGUUAAUGACGGUAUGAGUGAUUCACUUCCAGCUAACCUAGAAAUUGUCAAAGCGGAAGUGCGUGUAAUAUUAAUUGGGAAAACUGGUGUUGGUAAAAGUGCCCUGGGGAAUAGUAUAUUGGAUUUAUCAAGAGAUACUAGAUUUAAAUCUGAAUCAAGCGCUGCCUCGGUUACACGGUUUAACUCAUGCAAACAUCGUGUCAGAGAGGUAGACGGUGAAAAGUAUCUUUUCAGAAUACUUGAUACUCCGGGGUUAUCUGAUACCAAAAUUUCACACCAAGACGUAGCAAUGGAGCUUGCCAAAAGUAUAGAUGGUCUGGCACCAGGACCCCAUAUAUUUUCGUUUGUGUUACCUAUUGGUAGGAUUGAUAGACAUGUUUUGGAAACCAUAGAACAAUACACAGAUUUAUUUGGGGAGUGCCUAAAAACAUAUGGUGUGAUUAUUUUUACAAAAAAAGAUGCACUUCAAAAAAGGUCAUUUACAGAAUAUUAUAAAGAUGCAAAUCCAGAAUUUAAAGAAUUCCUGGAAGGUUACUGUGAUAAUCGACAUUCUCUUAUCAACAACGAAGACCCUCAGCCUGAUGAUGUUCAUGGUAUUUUAAGACUCUUGCUGGAAACAAAAAGAAACAAUAACGGCGACCACUACAGAAAUACAAUGUUCGAGGAAGCUAAGAAGUUAUACCAAGACAAGCUCCAGAAGAUAGAAGAAGAGAAAACUAAAGUGGAACGGGAACUUAAACAACAACUAGAGCUGAAAGAAGAGCAAGAAAGAGAUUUUAAGCAACAACUAGAGCAGCUGAAAGAAGAAAAUGAGAAGAAAGAACAGAAAUUUAAAGACAUGGAAAGAAAGAUGAAAGUAUUGGGGGAAACUGUUAUGGAAAACCAACAGCUAAAAGACGAAAACAGUAAAUUGUUGGAAAAACUCAACAAACAGAAGCCACCGGAUCAUGAGACACAUGUCAAUUCUGUGAUGCAUUCACAACCACCAAUCGUUGAAGUGGAAAAAUUAAGACGUACAGUAAAUAUUCAAAACGUAGAUUUCUUAAAGCUAUGUAAUCUUCUUUUACAAGAUGACUAUUUGAAUGAAAAAGAUAAAGAGGAUAUAGUUUCUUCAGAACCCUCAAACGAUACAAUGGAUAGACUAAUGGAUAUAUUAAAUAAAAAUAACAACAACAAGGCCUACGUCAUUGUUAUUAACCAUUUAAAGAGUGAAACUACCAUGGAAACCACCAAAACAACACAAGAUGACCCUAGACAUGAUACAAUGGUACAGACAGAUCAAAGUGACAGAAUAAAAACAGAAACAGACACUGAAAAUAAAGCGAAUACCAAUAUUGAAGAAGCGGCUAAACCCGAUAUAUCUGUUUCAGAUAACCAGAUAAUCAUGGCGUACUCGCAGGAAGCGACAAGCAAGAAGAGAAGUAAACAAGGUCGCAUGGCCAGAGAUGACAUGGCAGAAAUGAAUAUACCACAAAAGGUAGAAUACCAAGAGAGCUCACCCAAUGCUGAGAGGAGAAACGUUAUACCUAGAAGAGAGAAGGGGAAGAUGUUACCUGAAGAUGAACAUAGGAUAAUAUCUAACUAUGUGUAUUUAAUCGAGAAUCUGAGACCUCUACAACCAUUAUUAGACAGUUUAACUGAAAAAUUUGUACUAAAUGAAGAUGACUUGGAAGUAAUCAACAGAGCGAAAUCUGAGGGUACCAAGGCAAUGAUACGUAAAUUUCUAGAUACUCUUCGGACUUGUGGUACAAAUGCAUAUUCUAAAUUCAUCCACUGUUUAAAUAAAUUAGAAUAUAGAGCAGUAGCCGAACAAUUAGCAUCAGAUACUGAUGAUACAUAUGAUCACUCACUAAUAGAUGAAGAAAGCAAAGGGCUGACAAUUCCAGUAAAUAGAACAUGUAAAAUCACCAAUUUACCGGAUGCUGUAGCAAUAGAAGGACGUAAAGGGCUUAUAUUUACUGUAACUGGUGAAACAUCCACUAAUCAACCACUCAAAUUUAAAUCGAGUUGGCAUCCCGAAGAAGCUGAACAAUAUUUCAUUCUCUAUCCUGAACACAAUGAAUUACGUGUACAUGUUACGUCAGAUCCUGUGUUUACCUGUAAUUGUGUGACUCUAACAGUUACAGUUAAUGACGGAAUGAGUGAUUCACUUCCAGCUAACCUAGAAAUUGUCAAAGCGGAAGUGCGUGUAAUAUUAAUUGGGAAAACUGGUGUUGGUAAAAGUGCCCUGGGGAAUAGUAUAUUGGAUUUAUCAAAAGAUACUAGAUUUAAAUCUGAAUCAAGCGCUGCCUCGGUUACACGGUUUAACUCAUGCAAACAUCGUGUCAGAGAGGUAGACGGUGAAAAGUAUCUUUUCAGAAUACUUGAUACUCCGGGGUUAUCUGAUACCAAAAUUUCACACCAAGACGUAACAAUGGAGCUUGCCAAAAGUAUAGAUGGUCUGGCACCAGGACCCCAUAUAUUUUCGUUUGUGUUACCUAUUGGUAGGAUUGAUAGACAUGUUUUGGAAACCAUAGAACAAUACACAGAUUUAUUUGGGGAGUGCCUAAAAACAUAUGGUGUGAUUAUUUUUACAAAAAAAGAUGCACUUCAAAAAAGGUCAUUUACAGAAUAUUAUAAAGAUGCAAAUCCAGAAUUUAAAGAAUUCCUGGAAGAUUACUGUGAUAAUCGACAUUCUCUUAUCAACAACGAAAACCCUCAGCCUGAUGAUGUUCAUGGUAUUUUAAGACUCUUGCUGGAAACAAAAAGAAACAAUAACGGCGACCACUACAGAAAUACAAUGUUCGAGGAAGCUAAGAAGUUAUACCAAGACAAGCUCCAGAAGCUAGAAGAAGAGAAAACUAAAGUAGAGCGGGAACUUAAACAACACCUUGAGCUGCAAGAAAGAGAUUUUAAACAACAACUCAAGCUGAAAGAAAGAGAACUCAAACAACAAGAAGAACAAGAAAAAGAACUCAAACAACAACUCCGGCUGAAAGAAGAAAAUGAGGAGACAUUUAAGAAGCGAGAGAAGGAAUUUAAGGCGCGAGAGAAGAAAUUUGACCAAAGAGAAACUGAGCUGGAGAAGAAAUUUGACCAAAGUGAAAAGGAGCGUAAAGCAUUGCGGGAAGAACUCAAGAAGUGGAAGCCAUCGGAUCAAGAAAAAGAUGUCAACUCUGUGACAGAUCAACAACCACAAAUCGCCAAAGUGACUCAUGCUGAUCCACCAGGACAAGAGAUAGAUUUGAAGACUGCGACAGAUUCACAACAACAAAUCUUUGAAGUGGAAAAAUUAAAACAGACGGUAGAUAUUCGAAACAUAGAUUUCGUAAAGCUAUGUAAUCUUCUUUUACAAGAUGGCUGUUUGAAUGAAAAAGACAAAGAGGAUAUAGUUUCAUCAGAAGCCUCAAUCAAUACAAUGGAUACACUAAUGGAUAUAUUACAUAAAACAAACAACAAGAAGGCCUACAUCAUUGUUAUUAACCAUUUAAAGAGUGGAACUACCAUGGAAACCAUGAACACAACACAAGAUGACCCCAGCCAUGAUACAAUGGUACAGACAGAUCAAAGUGACAGAAUAAAAACAGAAACAGACACUGAAAAUAAAGCGAAUACCAAUAUUGAAGAAGCGGCUAAACCCGAUAUAUCUGAUGACCCCAGCCAUGAUACAAUGGUACAGACAGAUCAAAGUGACAGAAUAAAAACAGAAACAGACACUGAAAAUAAAGCGAAUACCAAUAUUGAAGAAGCGGCUAAACCUGAUACAUCUGAUACGGAUGAUACAGAUCACUUACUAAUAGAUGAAGAAAGCAAAGGGAUGACAAUUCCAGAUACUGAUGAAGAAAGCAAAGGGAUGACAAUUCCAGAUGAUGUUAAAUAUAGUCAGACAUCUAUACAAAACAAUAUGGCCACCACCAUCACAUCAACAACUCCAUUAUUAAACCAACCAUUUGUUACACAAGAUGUAAAAACAACUAACUAUAAUAAAACAACCGACAACAAUAAAAUGGACUGGAGAUCAAUACGUCAAACUUGUCGAUAUGGUACACUUGAUGAUGUCAAAACUUUAAUACAUCAAAAUAUCGAUUUAAAUAUUCCUCUCGGUGAUUAUAAUAAGACACCAGUAUUUUAUUGUGUGAUGUCUGACAAACAGCCGGUAGAUAAGAUACAGUUACUCUUCUCUGCCGGUGCCAUGUUACAUGUUAAGAAUCGUUAUGGUGAUAGUUUAUUACACUGUGCGUGUCUGUAUGGUACAAAAGACUGUGUAAAAUAUUUAUUGGAACAAGGACUUGAUACAAAUGAUAGGAAUGAUUAUAAUAAGACACCAGUAUUUUAUUGUGUGUUGUCUAACAAACAGCCGUUAGAUAAGAUACAGUUACUCUUCUCUGCCGGUGCCAUGUUACAUGUUAAGGAUGAUGAUGGUGAUAGUUUAUUACACUAUGCGUGUGAGUGGGGUACAAUAGACUGUGUAAAAUAUUUAUUGGAACAAGGACUUGAUACAAAUGAUAGGAAUGAUGAUAAUAUGACACCAGUAUUUUAUUGUGUGUUGUCUAACAAACAGCCGUUAGAUAAGAUACAGUUACUCUUCUCUGCCGGUGCCAUGUUACAUGUUAAGGGUCGUUAUGGUAGUUUAUUAGACUAUGCUCGUCGGUGGCGUACAACAGAAUGUGAAUCAUAUUUACGUGAAUUAGGCCUUGAUAAAUAGAAUAUAAAUGUCAAGUGUCGUGAUUAUGGUAGUUUAUUAGACUGGACUCGUCGGUGGCGUAAAUCAAAAUGUGUAUCAUAUUUAUGUUAAAUAGGCCUUGAUAAAUAGAAUAUAAAUAAUCAUACAACAUCUUUAUUUUACUUGUUAAUAAUUCUGUUAGAACUAAAUGUUGAAGAUGUUUUAUUUUGAUGUAAAUUUAAAGAUUUGUUAUAAACCAUUUUCUGUCAAUCAACAACAUUCUGUACACAGACUGGCUACCUGUCAGCCAUUAAAACUAGUAACACGUCAUUACAAGUUUUUACAACGUCAUUGGUUAUUACGUCACAAGUCAAUAGGUCACGUUAAAUCUAUUUAUAAACAAAUUGAAAGUAGUAUUACCAGGUUGAAUAACAGGAAUAGAAAAUCAACUGAUGUGAUGUUUUGGUGGUCAUCAAAGUCAACUUUAACCCAAUAUUGUUUUAAAUAACAACACAAUGAAUUAUAUUAACCAAGAGAUAUGAUUGGAGAGGAAUAGAAUAAUAUUUGAAAUGAUGUUGAAAGAAUAUAUUUACUAUAGAAGAGCUGCUGUAUUCGAACAUACACCGUCAUUAAAAGUUGUUUGUGAUAAUUUGAUACGUGAUUGUGUCAAGAGAUAUCCACUAGAAAACUGUCCACCGUUUUAGCUGAAGAUCCUGAGAAUCAAUUGAAAGGUCGUAAAAAUCAGAUAGAGAGAGUUUAUUGUGGUCAUCUGUUUCAUAAUGGUUGUUUAGAUACGUACAUGAAAACACCUUCAUUUAUAGGAGGUAAAAAAUGUCCUUCCUGUGAUAAACGAAUGAAAAAUGGAAAGUGUCAGCUGAAGUAAUGGAGAAUAGAUGUGCACAUAAACAAGCUAAACAAAGAGAACUAGAAGAAGUUGUAGAUUUCUUUAAAAAAUUGAAAUAAUUUAAAAUAUACCUCUACUUUUGUAGAUAAACAUACCAAAUAUGUAUAUUCCACAAUCUUGGCUUCAAAUUUACAAAAAUAUUUAUUUACAUUGUAUUCAAUGUCUGACAUUUGAGAUAUUGAGGAAUCCUUUACAAACUACAAUAUUGUAAAAAUUGAAUCUCUGGAAGGCGUGUCAGUAUAAAAAUAUUCUGUUGAGUAUUUUACAAAGAUAUGAUAAAUUAAAAACGUGUCAAUAUUCGGAAUCUUCUACAGAUGAUAUAAAUGGGGUAUGAUCAAAAGUCAAGGCCACCUGUAAUCUUCUGUUUUAUCCGACUUGGGAGAUUUUCUAACGUUAAUUUUUCUUUCUUAAAUAUGCAAUAUAUUGUAAUAUAUAGAAUCCGGUCUUUUAUAUAGGCCUAUUGUAAUAUUUGAUAUAAAACUUACAAGUUCUACUUACUUGUUAGCCUCCAUCUUGUGUCACGUCCAUCUUAGCACCGACUUCUCAGAUUGUUACAUAUAUUUCUAUUUGAUCAUUGUUAACACUAGUAUUUCAUCUUGGUUGUUAUAAUAAUUAUGUUUUAUAACCAGAGUCCAGCUAUGUGGUUUUUACUGCGAGAACUUCGCUUUUCCACAUUAAACAGUGGAUGCUUUUUCCCACAGGGUUUUUUUUCAAUCCGCUGCGAUGGCAUCAAACAGCUGGAUCUCCUAUUUUAACUUGUUUUAAUUAUGACAAAGUGAGAAGAUGACCAGCCCUCUCUUCUCUUCUCACGACAGCGAUGUUAAAACUGUGUUUUAAAGUGACUUUUAGAUAUACAAGAACUUUUUAUUAUUUAGUGUUUUUACCUAUUUUCUAUAUAUUACUCAUUCACAUGUAAAUAACUUAAUUAAAUCAACCUGUCCAUAAUAUCGUGCAAUAAACAACAAUGUCCUAAGGGCAGAUAACUGUUCGUUGUAUUAAUAUGUAACCAAGAGAUAAAACCGAAACUUUUUAACAACUAAGGUAUAUUCACAACCUUUUAACUAAUUAGAAAGGUGAGAAUCGUGGCCGUGAUGGAACUUGGUCAUACAUGUUAAUGUUACAAAUGUCAUCAUUAAUCGGCAGAAUAUGCCGCCAUUAUCACCGGGUUAACCAAUGUGCGACGUCAAGGACGUUAAGGGUUUGUGAACGUUAUCUCCCAUAUUUAAUAUAUUAUAGAAUGAUUUACUAACUGUAUUUUAUUGUUAUUCAUGUCAUGACAUAACCUUGAAAUAAAGGAACGGGCAUAUUGAACGUA